AUGGGAAGUAUAAUUUCUGAUUCUCAGGAGGCACGGCUGUUAUGUCGUCGGAACCAGUUGACCAAUACCGCCGGCGUUGCUCCGGGUUACUUACAGGCCAACCUUUUGGUACUUCCUGCGAAGUAUGCUGCCGAUUUCCAUGACUUGUGUCUACGGAACCCAGUUCCAUGUCCCCUUUUGGGAGUGACCGCUGUCGCCGGCGACCCGAAGAGCAUUCGACCAGCCCAAUGUAUACAGUCGAAAGACUUUGACAUUCGAACCGACUUUCCCAGAUACAGAGUAUAUUCAAGUGGCACACACAUUGACAGUCGCUGUGACUUACUGGAAGCGUGGACAGAUGAUCAUGUUGGCUUCUUGAUCGGGUGUUCAUUCUCCUUUGAAGACGCCCUGACAGCAGCUGGUCUGCCACCCCGUCACCAGAAAACUGGAACCAUCGUUGCUAUGUAUCGAUCCAAUAUCCCAUUGCUUCCAGCCGGAGUCUUCACUGGAGGCUACUGCAUUGUGUCUAUGCGGCCGUAUCUCCCGGAACAGAUCGAAAGUGUCAGACAGAUCACACGGUUAUAUCGGUCAACGCACGGCGAGCCAGUAGCCUGGGGAUGGGAUGGUGCAAUGCAACUCGGAAUUAGUGAUGUGGGUAAGCCGGACUUUGGUGAGGCGCAGGUAUUUGAAGAGGGAGAGGUUCCCGUGUUUUGGGCAUGUGGAGUGACACCUCAAAUGGCAGUUGAGGCAGCGAGUAACAAGAUUGACGGCCUGGUCUUUGCCCAUGAGCCUGGUCAUAUGUUGAUUACCGAUUGGACUUCAGAAGACCUGAAUAGCCUCAAGCAUGAGAGCAUAUAA